AUGAUUUCUGAUGCUGCAAAAUUAUCUUUUAUACUAUUGAAUGUACAUCUUGGAAAUAAUCAAAGGGAGGAAAAAAAGGUUGGUUGUUCAGUUGGUUGUUGGCAUUCUUUCCUCCUUUUUUAGCUGCAAAAGAUAUAACAAUUUCUAAAAAUCUCAAAAAAUUCGAGACCAAGGCAAGCCCAAAACAACAACUGAAAAG